UGUAGAGGGGCUAUGGAUGAGUUUAACAAGCGCACGCGGUCACUUCUCUCCUCAGUGCGGGAUUCUGCAGUGCGGUUCACUUCUUCACACGCACCAUGGAUGUGAGAGUGAUCUUAGUGGCAGUUCUGGUAACGGUGACUAUCUACGGAUCUGUUUCAGACGCCAAGCCUAUCAGCCUGGUCGAGAGGUGUUGGUGCCGUUCUACAGUCAGCACGAUCCCACAGAGAAACAUCCGUGAACUAAAGUUCGUCCACACACCCAACUGUCCUUUCCAAGUCAUUGCCAAACUGAAGAGCAAUAAAGAGGUGUGCCUCAAUCCGGAGACAAAAUGGCUACAGCAGUACCUUGACAAAGCCCUUGAAAAAAUGAAGAAGGCCAAACAACAGGGCAACUAAGGAAGCAGCUGGAUGGCAAGCCCAUUUGUGAGCCACCACCACAGAUAUGUACCUGUACCAUAUACUGCUCUGGCAUGCUUGCUGAACCAGCACUUAACCUGCAAACCUUGCUUGCCUCUCAAUGAUUUGCCACGUCAUCACCACGUCUGCCGCCGCUAUAGGCACCUCCUGUGUUAGCACAAUGUGCAAUUAUAUAUAUGUAUGAGUGUGUUUUUAUACGUAUGAGAUGUAUAUAAAAUGUUUUUUUAUACCAACGUUAAACAGUAAAGAGAUAUUUUUGGAGUUGUGUUUGCUCCUUGCCUGUCUGUUACAGAGUUAGGUAGCACUGAAUGUAGUACUGAUGAUUUUGGAGCAAACAUCCGAAACUCUGCAAACUCACAGUAUUCUUACACUAUAUCAUACAAUAGGAAAUAGUAAAGUAGGAAUCACACACUGGUGCAGAGCUGAGCCCCAAUGGCAGCAUACCUGACAGGAGAACAAAUAGGAAGGGAGUCGACUUUCUCCACUCAUUUAAUAAUCAUAUUUAAUUAACCCAUAUCUUUAAAAAAAAAUUGUAACAUUGCAUAUUGCAUGUGAAUGUAAUAUUACAUGUAUAUAUACAUGAAAAGUGAAAACUUGCUUGUGUUUUUGUUCUAUGACUAACAGGGUGUUUUAUACAAACGUAAACCAAAAAAAAAAUUGACCUUAGAUCAACCUAAGCAAUCUGAAUUCCUUCAAGGAACAUACUCCCCUUUAAAUAGUUUGUGAGAAAAGAAAUGGAAAGGAAUGCUCUUUUUUCUAAUUUUUAUCACUGUGUAAGCAAAGAAACAUCUGGAGUCAAACAAACUUAAUUGAGCAGGCAGUGUAUGGAAGGCAAAAAAAAAAAACUUAAAACAGAUUCACAUACAAGCAGAAUCAUUGAGAAUUAACCCAAAUUAUUUUGAAUUAACCAGAAUAAUUUCAUUACAUGCACAUAAAAUUAAACACGAUAUAAAAAUAAACGGUCAACACAGAAGAUAUGAAAUGUACGGAAAUUUUUUCCACCAUGUAUAAAAAAGAAAACAUGCAAUUUUUUUUCUUGCAAUGGCAGCUUUUACCUCACAGAUGUGAGUUAAUAUCAUGGAACCCUGAGAAAGAAAAGUUGUAGUUGCGUGAAAUUAAUUGCAAUUACUUUUUUUUUAAUUUCAUAACUGGUUGCCACACAAUCAUUCUCACAAUUGUGAGUUAAUAUCAUACUCUAUUUGUCUCAUAAUUUUAAGAUAAAUCACAUUUGUGACUUAUGAUCUCUCUUCACUCCAUUUCUUAGGCUGAACAGUAUAGCGUGCCUGCGGUGUUGCUGUGGCUUGGUUAGGGGUAGGGGGACAGCCUAAUAAGCGGAAGCAUGAAGUCAGCUCACAACUGUGAGAUAUUAACUUGCAAUUGCAGGAUAAAAAGUCUCAAUUUUGUGAUCUAAAAUCUCAAUUGCAGGAUAAAAAGUCUCAAUUGCAUGAUAUCUCUCGCCUGCGAGAUAAGAAGUUGCAAUUGUGUAAUAUUAACUCGCAAUUAUGAGAUAAAUCUAUAUAAUAUGUUCUCAAUGUCAGGGAAACAAGCUUCUACAGAAAUCAUACUAACGUGCUAACUAGAUUAGAAUAUUGUUACGCACAAUACAGUGAGAUUGAUUAAAAAGAGAUAGCGGUAGACAUUUUAAAUUACUGUACUAAAAUACUUAAUACCUUUCAUUAAUGGUAUAAUAAUGCACUUUAUUUACUGUGUCCUGUUGUAAAAAGGGAGCUAAUCUAUUAUAAGGAAUAUCAUCCACAGCAAAUAGUUCACUUUUCUAUGGUUAAGAAGUAGUUAGAUUGGACAAAUGUACUUUUCCUUUUGGGAAAACAAGCCCUUAUAACAAUUAAUUUUACACAGCAAUUCCAAAUAGAAAAAUAUUGUUUCACUGUCACAGCAGUGUGUACAGCUAUUUUGACUAGUAAAAAACAUUCAGUGUACUAUAAAACUAACCUAUAUUUCUGUCGGCCAGACACCUCUCAAGGAAAUUAGUAUAUGAAAUUUGUCAGUAACAUGACUGCCAAAAUGAUCUUGUCAAGCAAUUUAAAGCAGUCAUUAAAGCAGCCAGGCCUCUUUUACACUGGCAGCCUGCAGGCACACAGGCCAGGAAACAUAAUGCCCAAUCAGCAUUAGAGAGGAAGGCUGUAGGCAAUGUUGUGGGGGUUAGGCCACCAGUUACACUCCAUUUCAUACAGUGAGGUGAAAAAAAAGAAGUAAAAAUUGAACAGACCCUAAUGAUUAAUUGCCCAUUUCCUCCCCUGGUUUCAUUCAUACUGGCUAAGAGCAUACAUAUCGAGAAAAUACUUAUGCUUAUACAAGAAAAACUAAACAGUGAGCUUGAUAACUUAUAACUUGAUUAUCUCACUUAUUGGGCAUUAACAAUACAUUUCUGUAGUGUCAGUGAACAGCAUGAACUAUGCAACAUCAAAUUCAGGACCAAUUUAACUUGAAUGAAGCAACACUGAGAGGUUACGUACUGGAUGUGUAAAGGAAGAUGUCAGUAAAUCCUGCCCAUUACAAGGGUUAUUAUACUUGCUAGACAAAAAUGUUUACCCAACUAACAAUGGGAGAAACAGAAUAACAAAAUUAUGGGGAGUGUCUCAAAAUGAUAAUGAUAACGAAAAUGUAGCAAUCAGUUGACCACACAUUCGAAUAAUACUUUACCAUCCUCACAUUAAUGGGCUUUUUUUUUGUUAAAUAAAGAAUAAACACUACAUCUAGCCCAUGGCACUUUCUGUAAACAGAUGAGAUGAGUGUGUUGAUCUAUCACUUUAUAAAAUAAGAUGCUAUAGUCAUCAACAUGUGAUUGAGGCAUUUGAUAAUAUGUACAUUUUCCCCUCAUACCUCCCAAAUAAUGUGAAGGACAUUACUUUAUAGAUGGCAGCUUAUUCUAUUACAUAUUUUGUAUGCAUACCCAUGUUUAAUUUCAUUUAUAAACUGGUUAUUUUAAAAAUAAAUCAUCUUGGAUGUAUGAA